AUGCCUGAAAACACCUGCAUCUGCGACAUCAGAGAGAAGGUAUGGCAGAAGAACGACAAGGCCUUCCGGCUGUACACCGGCGUGUGCCCAAAAUGCGGUUUGUUGGGUACAACAGCCGAAUCGAAGCAUGUCGGCGGCCGCCGUGCAGGUGAGAGCCAAAACACUCGCAAACCUCCCACUCUGAACCGCGAGUUCAAGGGAAAGGUGGGGGAGCUCGGCAUGGGGUUUUAUGAGGACGAAAAUGGGUCUUAUUCGGUUGGGACUGGGAAGAUUGUUAAGAUUACCCGGGACGGCGUGUAUAUUGAGAAGCCGUUGCAGCCUAGUGAGAUUGAGGAGGCUAAGGUUUGA